CAUGCGCAAAAGCCUCCAGUCGAAGCGUCACGGCCCGGUGCAGCAGCGUUCCCGUCACGGAGAGGGAGAGAAGCAGCACCGCCGCCUUUUCCAUCCAGCAUCUCUGCCGACCAACACCGAACUCGAGUGGGAGCUCACAACUACACCAAGACCGUCCAUCGGCGACUGUAGUCCCCCCUCUUCCUCCUCAAAAUGUCCGUUGGCAGCGACUUUGGGAACCCGUUAAGAAAAUUCAAACUGGUCUUUCUCGGGGAGCAAAGCGUUGGAAAGACGUCUCUGAUCACACGGUUCAUGUAUGACAGCUUUGACAACACGUAUCAGGUAGGUGCUACUGCAGGGGAUGACUUCCUGUCGAAAACCAUGUAUUUGGAAGAAUCGACCUUUUCUCUCUCUGAACCCCAGGUGAGGUUGCAGCUCUGGGCAGCAGGACAGGAGCGCUUCAGGAGCCUCAUCCCCAGCUAUAUCCGGGACUCCACUGUGGCCGUGGUGGUCUACGACAUAACCAAUGUCAACUCAUUCCAGCAGACGUCAAAGUGGAUCGAUGAUGUGAGAACAGAGAGAGGAAGUGACGUCAUCAUUAUGCUGGUCGGCAACAAAACAGACUUAGCAGACAAGAGGCAAAUCACAAUCGAGGAGGGCGAACAGAGAGCUAAAGAGCUGAGUGUCAUGUUCAUCGAGACCAGCGCCAAGACGGGUUACAACGUCAAACAGCUGUUUCGGCGUGUUGCAGCUGCCCUUCCAGGGAUGGAAAGCAUGCAAGAAACAAGCAAAGAAGGGAUGAUCGACAUCAAAUUGGACAAACCGCAGGAGCCCCAGACCACCGAAGGCGGCUGCUCCUGUUAAUACUCAGCAUCCGUCCUGGAAAACAAACGUCAUUUACCCCACAUGCUUGUUACGUUGCUUCCUAUUGGUUAACCCGCAGUUGACUUUGCACGUUGAGAAUCUGGCCUCUUCACCUGGUUGGAACUAGCAAUAUGUGAAUUUGGUUCUAAAGUAGUAUAGCCUACUUUGUUAACAAAACUGCCACACAAAAAAAAUCCUACAACUUGCUAAAAAAACAAAAAUAAUCCAACAAAAAAAUACGACAAUUAUGUGGAAAAAAUAUCCCCAAGCUGCAUAUGUGUAUACAAUUUUUUUAGGUAGAAAAGAAGGUUUCCCCAGUUUCUUUUUGUAUUUUUGUAUAUUCAGGGAAUUUUCUCUGGAAAUGUUUUUUUUUUAAAGAUGCAAAGCUCUGUCUUUGGAAACCUGAGAAGAAGAGAUGGUUUUAGAUGCAUUCUUAUGGAUGCAGCUGUUGUUACGGGCAAAGAUAGAAAUCUAGACUCCAUUCUGACCACAAACUCUUACUAACCCCUAACAUAGCUUUUUCUUUAUCCAUCUCCAGUCAAUCACAGCCCAUAACCCAGCUGGGAUCCAUAAUUGUGCGCUAACGGACAAAGUGAACAGUAACAUCUUGAGUAUCUAAUGCAUGCCUAGUUUUUAAGCAUAGGUACUGUCUAACUGUGUACACGAGUUUGAAUAUGUAAAUGGUAACAUUACACCAGUGACUUGAUGCAUUCUGAUAAGUCUUUUUGUUGAUGAACUGGAUUUGUAUACUUGACUUCAGAAUAUCUUUUUGUCGUGCGUGCGUGUAAAUGUGUGCUUUCUGUAUAGGCAACAUUAGAAUGCAGUUCUGUAGAGGGCCACUGCCAAGUUGUGUCAUUCUUGCCACAUUCUGGCACCUUUUAAGUCACCGUUUGUUCGCAGCGUGUCAUAGACCCCCCCCCACCCCACCCCCCACCACUACAUGACAGCUGCUGUUGCAUUGUGUGAUCUCUUGUGAUUAUGAUAGUCUGCACAUACAGUGGACUGUAAGUGGAGAAUCAAAGCCCUCGCCUUGUAUGGCAAGACGUUUGAACGUUUAAUAGCAGAGUUUGACUAUCUGGAAUUAAAAUUGCAGAUAUCAACAGCAGCAUUUUGAGUGAUAGUAAUUAAAAGACAGUUACAGAUAUCUGUAAUUCAGUUUUGACUCGUCAGUAUCAUAGCUGCCAUUGUCUCAAAUGUCCCAGCAAAGCAGUAGAACAGUGGUAGAAGUAGUAGCAGCUGCUGUGGUGGAUGAAAUAGUUAGAAAAUGCUGUGAAAUAGAAAGAGCUUAUCAGUGAGGAGUUUGUGGAGAAGGAAAGCUUGGUUCAUUAGAGGCUUGAACAAGAAAUCUAAAAGAACUUCAGCCUUGGGCUCCUCUGACAUGGUGAUAUAAUAGCCUGUCAUGUGCCAUUACGGUUGCAGCACCAUAGAAUGUUUGAAACAUGAGCUGCCUCCACCUCCUCCUGGCCAUAACUACAGAUAUCUGCACCUUGACUUAAUCCAAACUCUAAUUCAAGAUACCUUUUAUUAAAUUUUGACAAGACAUAGUUCCAGUUUUGUGUUAUCUACAACAUCAGGACCAGUUCAGACUUAAUUGAAGAGUGUUGAAAGGAAUGAUUUAGAUAGAUUGAGUUGAGAGACAUUGAAGGCAUCUUGAACUGAUGUUAGAAGACCAACAUGUCAAUGGAUGGUGGAUGGAAGUCACAGCAAUGUGACCAUUGCACCAGACCAAUGUAGUAAAAGGGAAGUUUAGCCAGAAAGCAAAGCUCUUGAUUUAGUGGUCAUUAUUCUAGCUGUCACUUAACGUCAUGAGUUCUGUGUGGAGAAAACAAGCAACCAAAAUGAGUUUCCUCCUUAGAUUUUCUGGGCUCGGCCUUAGAGAUAGAGUGAGGAGCUCAGGCUCUAGUUGAAGCUCAGGGUGAAGUCACAUCUCCUUUCCAUUGGAAGGAGCCAGCUGAGGUAGUUCAGAUCUGAUUAGAUGCCUCCUGGGCAUUUUGAACGAGACCCAGAACUUGGUGGAGUGAUAACGUAUCAGAAAAGGAGCUGAAAAGCAAUGGUGGGGAAAGGGAGGUCUGGAAUAACUUGUUCAGGUUGCUGCCACCAUGACCUGAUGCCAGAUGGGCACAAGUAAAAGAAUGGAUGGAUUAAACUAGUUCAUGACAAGUCAAACUGGAGUUACAGUGAGUCAUAAUUCAUCUGCAGAUACCUGCGACAUCAUUUGUGUUGGAACAAUGCCAAUGUUGACAUCUCAAAUGCUGUUUUUGACGAGUACUAACUGAAUUAUGGAGGUCUAUAUACAUAUCCAGUCUAGCUAUUAAAUGUUAAACCGUCUUGCCGUGCGCCUUCAACUGUAAUGUAGGUCCUGUGAUCAAAACAGACCUUUAACAUUGUAAAUCAGCUUCAUUCCUGAUAAAAGACUAAUUUGCACAUGUAGACCUUUCAGGUUAAUAUGAAGUUCUGAAAAGCUUCAUUGUAAAUGUACAGUCACUUAAUUCAAAGACAUGUCUGAUUGUCAUAGAAACUGUCACAUAACGUGUUCUCACUGACGUUUUCUUUGCUGCUUGUGUGGAAACUGACUACUGGCAUUAUGCAAUGUUGCAAUGGUGUUUUGGAUUUUCUUUUUUUUUUUCUUUUGUAUUUUUCUUCGGAGCCAGGAAUCAUAAUGUACUGGUGGUGAGGUCAGCCAGUGUUAAGAGCACUACUUUGAUUUGAAGUGAAAUCUUUACUGCACUUUUUAAGAACAUGUUUUAGAGUUAGAGUGACGAUGUAAGUCUUAGAAAUAUGGUGACAAAAAAAACAUUCGGAGUACUGUGUCUUAGAGUAGAGUGAAACAUUUAUGAAUUGUUCACACAUGUCCAAAAAGGGGAGCACUCUUGUGAAAACUAGUGAACCUUUCUAACCCACAUAAUGAGCCAAAUAAUAAUAAUAAUAUUAAUAAUAAGAGACGAAGGGGGAUCUAUACGAGAUCUUGACUGGAACACGUUUUUUUGUGGGUUUGAGGAUGACAAGUUGCAUUUCAAGUUCCCCCCAAAAUUUAAAACAUAAAGCCUUGUUAUGUACGAGCCCUCGGUUCUGCUGCCUACUAUCUGAAAACAGGAAUGUUCUGCUCUCAUUACUGCCUAGUAAGAGGAGCACUUUUCAGAAAUGACUCAUGGGUAUUUGUUUUUUAAAUGAGGACAAAAUGAUUGAUUGGUAGCUACAGACACUUGUUUGUAUUUUGUUCCCUUUAGAUAUGAAAGUAGAGUUCAGUUUGUUUCCUGAAGGCCUGUUUUAACAUUCCCUGGAAAUGGACCAAGUGAUGCAACCAAUGUCUGAGUGUGUUGGGGAAGAAGAGGGUCUGAAUUAGAGGUGGGGGGGGCUGCAGUUAUUCCCUGAAGGUGUUUCUGUUGCAGCUCUGUGCAGCAGACUGAUCAGUCCAGAGCUGGCUCUCCAUUCACACUGUACAGAGAUCUAGCAUGUCUCUCCAAAUGAUUAAUAAAGAUGUCUUAUUACCAAAA